AUGGGCGAACUGCAGCCAAUAUACGGCCUGUCCUUCCCUGUCCCUGACUGCGCCUGGAUACAAUAUCGAAAGGACAAAACUAUGAAUAUCCCAACAGAGAAAACAUCCUUUUACCUUGGAGCGCCUGUUCCAGGGCUCUGCGGCGGACUCAAGAGACGUGUGACCGUCAUUAUCAGGGACAGAGAUGACGCCCCAGAUCACUUCAUGGGCCCUUGCUCCACCACAAGCACUGAAAACAACCAUUUCAACUUCAAACCAGACUCACAGAAUCAGUCUGAACACGAACUCGGGAUCUCCCUCAAGAUGCGCGAAUGGGGAGGGACACAAAUUACCAGCCUACGCAGUCACAUUCGCAAGCCCUCUUCGCCAAACAAGAGCAAUGUGUCGGAGAGGAGAACUUCCUUCGCUUUGUCCGACUACGGGUCGAUGACCCUCGAGCCGAAUGUCGAAGAGGUACUCAUGGACGAUGAAGCUAGAACAGUUUAG